GCCCAAGGUAUGAACAUUGAAGGCUCCCUGUUCUUGCCCCGACUUUUUUUUUUUUUUUUUAAAAAAAGCCAUUCCAAGAUCACUCUUCCCCAUACAUAAAUUCCAUCUUAUGUGAGAAUCUCAUAAUCCAACGAUCCCACCUGAUACUAUACAUAAUAACCGAUCCGUGUUUGGAACGGCCCAAUUGAAUUCGUUGAAGUCUAUUUACAUAGUACAUGACACUAUCCUCCGCAGUGGAGAUCGAGAUUUGGUAGGUAGCUUAGCUACAUAUGGGCAGCUUUUGUGUUUAGCCUCCAAGUUGCAUCAAGUGGCACUGUUCCAUUCGUUUGGUACGCCGAGAGAUUGGAUUAGCCCUCGAGGGUCGAACUUUGUUUUGUGAAGCGCGUGGUAACAUGACACCACGGACUGAACGUGCUCCCGGUUCUUCGUUUCCCGUUACUCCGUCUAAAAACCGACUGAACGCUGCCGAGUUCGACUUAUGGUUUCUCGAAUUCUCCAACACCUACAACCUCAACCUGAGGCGGUCUCCAUCAGACCUGUCCCCACAGAAGAAACGAGCAUUGCCAUAUUACUCGGAUUUGCAAUAUUAUGAGCUUCUAAAAGUCCAAUACUUCAAAGGCAAGCACUUGGUAAUUCACGAAUUGUUUGACCAUGGGGCAAAAUCCAUUCAUAGCAAGUGGGUUGAGAAACCACGCACUGUCCUUGGUGUUACUCCUUAUCCAACUCACCUACCUCGGGCUACUACCGAGCCUGAGCGAUGUCGGUUAUUAGAGCUUCUCAAAGCUAUUCUAGAAGAUGUUAGCUCUACCAAUGUAUCUUCGCGCUCCUCUGUCGCAUCUUCUUUCUCUCAUCAGGCAUACGAUGAACCUACAUCUCCAACCCGAAGCUGGCAUUUCAAGCGUCAUUCUAAUGAACGGAACGGAAAUCCGUUUAAGAGGACUCGGAGUUUCCACUCAGAAGUUGACACCGAAUGCGAUCCUGAUGACGACGACGAAAGACCGCCAAGUGUGCUUUCAGUUCUUGAUAGGGGUCGUGUAUUGUCAGCGAGUCCCGUGCCUAGUCGGGUACCGUCUGUCCAGCCACUGAACAAAAUGAGGCCAGACUUAAAUAGGUCUUUCUAUGGACUGCCCAGCUACGCAAAUGAAAGUAAAUCGACGUUUCAAUCAGAGGUUUUCUCAGAUCAUGGCCCAUACGAGAUACCCCCUAUUACUCAAGGAACUCAGACCACCGUGAUGGCUAGCAACCCUGAAUACAUGAAGCUUCCGGUACUACGAAGCAUCGAGUCUGAUUCGGAAUCUUUUGCGCCAUCUUCUAGUACGGAACGCGCUCUUCAAAUCUCCUUUGACCGUCAUGAACAGCUCAAAGGUGUAGGGGAAAUUCUCAGGGACGAAUCAUCAAUGUAUUCGGAUGUUAGCAGCAUACUACAUGUAGAACCCCACAAAAUUCACCAUCCAGCUCCCACCCUGCCUCCAAGAUCAUUACCCCCAUUGUCUAUACCGCCGGCUUCUCUUAUGCCUCCUCCUCCUUUAGAAAGAGAGACAGACGACACGUCACUACCUGUAGUACGUACAGGCACAGAGUUCGAGCAGCGACUUUAUUCUGUUUGGCCCAUUCUCCCAGAUCAUUUUGACCAGGCCCCUUUCGUAGUUCGCUGGGAGAUAAUGCGAAUUGCUCUCCACUGCGGAAUACAAAUGGACAACUUACAUGCUGAGUAUGAUCCGUCGUGGACAGAGCAAAAGACGUUAUGGGCUAGGCUUCAAGCGCUGCCUGCAUUUCAGGGCAAAAACUUCCCUGAAAAGUCCCGACCUGAAGCCUGGACAGCCGCCCUCAACGACAAAUUUUGUACUAAGGAGCAAGCAGUCGUUCUCACCGCAUCACUUGCAACGAAUACGUCCCGAAAUGGGCCCCUAUUCACCCUCAAGCUAAACCCUUUGAAAUUAGACCUUCCACAUCGACUAAGUCGUCGAUUCGGGUCUGAUCGGUUCAUAGAACUUGUGAUACCUUCAAUAGGGUCCCAGGAGUUGAAAUGUCUUGGUGAGCCUUCCAUGGAGCGUAUACAACAAUGGUUAGUCAAUGGUUCCCAUAGGCUACUUGGCCGCUUAUGGAAGUCAUUCUUUGUGAAACCUUCGCUGCCCAAAAAGAUCAGCAAUGAGAACACACUUAUGCCGCAGACGAAGACAAUAUAUCAAGAGCGUGUAUAUCUAUUUGCUGAAGAUGGUAAUGAUUUCCGAGUUUCUGGGACAGGAAGCCAUUGGCCACCGAAGGGUGAGCCGGUUGGGAUGCACACAAAGUUGGGACGAGAAGGCCUUCUUGAUUGGCUGUUACAAAUUCCUAAUAACCAGAAGCAGUCGAUACUUAAGCUCUUCUCGCGUAUCGCUCUAGGUCUCAGCCGUACGCACCCUACCGUCGUCCUUCAACCGGAUCAGAUCCGACACCGCCCUGAAGAUAUUCUCUCUCCCACCAAUAAGGUAAUGAAUGAUGGUAUCGCUCGUAUGUCAUACGGCCUUGCACGAGCUAUACGUGACGCCAUGGGUUUGCAGGACGUUCCAGCAGGUUUUCAAGGCCGGUUUGGUUGUGCAAAGGGGUUUUGGAUUCGAGAUGCCACGGAUACCAGUGACGAUAUUUGGAUAGAGACAACCCCUUCUCAGCGAAAGUGGAAUUGUGACUACGCUGAAGAAGACCACCGCACGUUCGAAGUUCGCAGGGAGUCUAAAGAGCUCAAGUAUGCCAAUUUGAAUCUCCAGCUUUUGCCUAUUCUUGAAGAUAGGGCUAUCAAUGCUACCCUCAUGAAGACCCAAGUUGGAGCUUUCUUAAGAGAUAGUCUCAAGAAAGAUCUGGACGCUCAAAAGGCUGCCAUGCAAGAUCCUACACAAUUCAAGCUUUGGGUAUACGAGAAUUCUCCGUCAAGUCGUCGUGCAGAACGUGUCAAGAAUGAACAGGUUCCAUUUACGGCUGGUCUCCCGAGUGGUCGAGAAGACAUCAUGUCUUUCCUGUUGGAUAGCGGGUUUUCUCCCACCAAGUUGAGAUUUCUGCGUGAUAUCGCCCUGAAGUUACGGAGGGAAAAGUGUGAGGAACUCCACGAACGGCUGAAUGUAAAGGUUGGAUGCUCUACAAACGCCUAUAUGGUUGUCGACUUUCUUGGAAUAUUAGAAGAGGAUGAGGUACACCUGGGAUUUUCCUCGAAAUUUACUGAUGAGCAAUCUGGAUUUUCAGAGACCUUUCUCCACGGUAUGGACGUCCUGGUGGCUCGUACACCCGCUCACUACCCAAGUGACAUACAAAGAGUGAAGGCAGUUUUCAAACCUGAGCUGGGUCGUUUGAAGGAUGUUAUCAUCUUCUCGACCAAAGGCAACAUCCCCCUUGCAGAGAAACUUUCUGGUGGUGAUUAUGAUGGCGAUAUCGCCUGGGUGUGCUGGGAACCCUCGAUCGUCAACAAUUUCCAAAAUGCGGAGAUGCCUGUGGUUCCGGAUCUGUUUGCACAAGACGUGGUACGUAAGGAGAGUGAGACUUACCUAGAUCUUGUAGGGGCAAGGGAUAUUACUUCGGAAUUCCUUGCGAAGGCUUUCCGUUUCAACAUGCAGCAGAACCUUCUGGGCAUGUGCACAAACUACAAAGAGCGGUUAUGCUAUGCGCGCAAUUCAGUAGGGGAUGAGACAGCUAUCCUCUUAAGCACCCUAAUCAGCCAUCUAGUAGACCGGGCCAAACAAGGCAUUGUCUUCACCGAUGAAGACUGGGCGCGACUCCGCAAACGCCUUAGUCGUCACGACCCACCUAACCCACGAUACAAGAACAAAGAAUGGGAUGUGGAAGGGGCACCGCAGCAAAUAAUAGACUACGUCAAGUUCAGUGUAGGGAAUCCUACAAUUGAGAUGGAGAUGAAGUCAUUCACGGAGGCUCUUGGCAAAGCGGAACAAUAUGACGAGGAUCUCGUGAAGUUUUACAAUCAUUACGAGGAUAUCAAGCGCGCUCACGCAGUGCCCAAGGAAUUCGUCAAAAAAUCAACCUGGGAGACAAUCCUCAACGAGCUUAGGAAUAACAUUGAUGCUGUAGCCCAGGAAUGGGCCAAGACUCAAGGCGAUUGGAAUGCCAAGGUUGCCAAUAUCUACGAUAAAUGGCAGGAGAUUCGUCCGACAAAUAAGGUGAACUCCAGGACAAUUAAGGCUUGGCAGCAGGAGGAUCAGGUCAGUACCGGGUUUUCAAACUGGGAUCUCCUGAAAGCUUCGUUCUGCUUCAAGCUGUACUACAACAGGUACCCCGGCCUCAUCUGGAAUAUCGCAGGCAAGCAGCUGGCGUACUUAAAGGCGCUUGCUGUGAGUAAUAGAACGGGCGCAUCACCGGUGAUGGUAAUCCCAACUAUGUACGCUGGCUUGCGGCCCGAUAAUAAGUACGCGCGAGCGUUGGCUGCCAGGACUGAGGGGCGGUACUUGGCGGAGGGCGAGGAUGAUCAUUAGAGUCUGGUCAAUGGUGUAAGAUCAUGUCUGGAUAUUUUUCUGGUUGGCCGGCUCCGCCGCCGUAAGAUUCAGAAUAUAUCAUAGGCUAGCAAUAUCUUGAGGUACUCUUUUGGUGGCCGUGGAUGUUUGGAUAUGGCAAUGACGAUUCGGGAUGAAAGGUCAGCUUCUUGGUGGGAUUCGGCUCUCUAAAAAUACAUACUUCCCUGGGCACUUACAUAUGUAGGCAGAUAGGUAGGGGUAAUGUAUCUGGUAGGCAGGUUAGGUGGUUGUGAAUUUGGGGGGGUGGAUGGUGGGGAGUGCGGAUAAUAUUUACACAAUCGAAUCAAUAUACCGUAUAAAGACCUAA